GCAAGGCAAGCAAAUCAAAGCAGCAGUCGGGGACUCUGCAGCUCUUUGUUUUGGGUUCUGCAUUCAAAUCUUUCUUAGGAGAAUGUUUUGAUUUUCUUACACCGAGAUGACUCCUGGGAUUAGAUCUCGUUAUCCACCCAUGAUAAAGUUUCUUCCUCUGUUAAUAUUUGUGGGCUUUGCCGAAGGGGGGAAGCUGUUGGUGAUGCCUAUGGACGGAAGUGCGUGGCUGAGUAUGCGUCUUAUUGUGGAGAAGCUCCAUCAAAAUGGGCACGAAAUAGUCCUUGUGGUACCAGAAACUAAUCUGUUUUUGACAUCAGCCAAGAAUUUCACCAUUAAGACCUAUCCAGUGCCUUACAAAGACGAACACAUGGAUGCACUAAUGGAGACUUUUGGUAAAGAUCGCUUUGUUAAACAACCUUUUCUAAAUGUUGUUAUUUCACUAUAUAAAAGUCUAGCACGAGCAUUCCAGAUGCUUUUCCAAAGCUGUGAAAGUUUGUUGAGCAACAAAGAACUGAUUCGGUACCUCGAAGAAAGUCAGUUCGAUGCCAUCCUCACAGAUCCGGUUGCCAUAUGCGGGACAAUAGUUGCUGAGUAUCUGUCUCUCCCUUCUGUGUUUUUCUUACGUGGAUUUCCAUGUGACUUAGGAUCCAAGGCAACUCAGUGUCCAAGUCCACAUUCUUAUGUCCCAAGAAUGUUUACUAGCAACACAGACCACAUGACCUUUACCCAGCAUGUGCAGAACCUGCUACACAGCACACUGGCACUGCGAGCUUGUAUUGCUCUCUAUUCACCGUUUGAACAGCUGGCUUCUGAGUUUCUUCAGAGAGAAGUGACUGUGCAUGAUCUCUUAGAUCAAGACUCUGUUUGGCUAAUGAGACUAGACUUUGUAUUCGAGUACCCCAGGCCAGUGAUGCCCAAUAUGGUCUUUGUUGGUGGAUUAAACUGUGCUGAGAUAAAGCACCUAUCUCAGGAAUUUGAAAGCAUUGUGAAUGCCUCUGGGGAACACGGCUUUGUGGUCUUCUCCUUGGGCUCAAUGGUCUCUGAGAUUCCCAUGAAGAAAGCCAAGCAGAUUGCUGAAGCCUUUGGAACAAUACCUCAGACAGUUCUUUGGAGGUACACUGGAGAAGCACCCCCCAACCUUGCAAACAACACAAAGCUAAUCAAAUGGCUACCACAGAAUGAUCUACUUGCUCAUCCCAAAGCCCGUGCCUUUAUCACCCAUGGAGGCUCACAUGGAAUCUAUGAGGGGAUAUGCAAUGGAGUGCCAAUGGUUCUGAUGCCAUUAUUUGGAGACCAGAUGGACAAUGCUAAGCGGAUAGAGUCUCGGGGUGCGGGAGUGACGCUGAAUGUACUUGAAAUGACUUCUAAGGACCUAUCGGAUGCAUUGAAUGCAGUGAUUAAUGAUAAAAGCUAUAAAGAAAAUAUCAUGCAUCUCUCAGCCCUUCACCUCGACAGACCUAUCCAUCCCCUUGAUCUCGCGGUGUAUUGGGUGGAGUUUGUGAUGAGACACAAGGGGGCCCCGCAUUUGCGGCCUGCGGCCCACGAUCUCAACUGGAUCCAGUACCACUCUCUGGACGUCAUUGCUUUUCUCCUGGCUGCCGUGCUCAUCACCAUGUUCAUCUCUCUGAAGUGCUGCCUGUGCUGCUGCCGGAAGUGUUUCUGCAAAAAAGGAAGAGUGAGCAAAUCGAGGAAAUCCAAGGCAGAGUAACUACGGGGUUGGAGACCGGGUGCAGCUCCAGGCCUUAGGGAAUGUAGGGCUCUCCUGAGCACAGUCCCAGUAAGUAACUUAUGGCGGUGAGCUCAGAAAUUAUUCAGAGCAUAUUGCCUUUAAAUAGCAGCAAAGUGUUUUUUUGUUCCAUGUUUUGAUUUGGUCUCCAAUUAAUUCAGAAUAUUUGUGAAAGCUUUGUUUAAAGCUUGUUUGAUUGUUAUAGAUGAUUCAUGCCAUAAUGCUAUGGUGUAGUGCUCAGAAUAUUGAUGGGACCUCUGGGUUCCAUUUCCUGCUGCGUUUCAGAGUAACAGCCGUGUUAGUCUGUAUUCGCAAAAAGAAAAGGAGUACUUGUGGCACCUUAGAGACUAACCAAUUUAUCUGAGCAUAAGCUUUCGUGAGCUGUAGCUCACGAUAGCUUAUGCUCAAAUAAAUUGGUUAGUCUCUAAGGUGCCACAAGUACUCCUUUUCUAUUUCCUGCUGUGUUGCUCACUCACUAUCUGACUUGGGGCAAGGUUCUUCUCUGUACCUCAGUUUUCUCAUCUGUGCAAUGGGGAUAAGAUUUCUACCUUGGUACUACUAUGGUGCCUAUCACUCUAGUGUGUGAGUGUCUGAUGCAUCAUAUUUAGAUAGCACUUUGAGAUCUUUGGAUGAAAGUUGUCACAUAAGUACCAAGUGGUAUUCUAAGUGAGGGAUAGAAUGUCAUCCUAGCAGCCUGUUGAUUGGAAAUAGAGAAUGGUAUUUGUUCUGCCUAAGUCAAUCUGUCAGUGUCUGAACUGUGUUUCAAAUACACUGAACGUGAACACAUUUUCCAUUUGAAAGUAUUAUUGAGCCACCACCACCCAAUCAAGUUUCACCCCAGCUGGAGCACUAAACUUGGAGCAUUGUAGUCAACCGAUUUGAUCUUUGUUAUUGAUAUUCUGUUAAAAAUAAACCAGACAAAAAUCUGUAUAAAUAAAUCCCAAAUAAUAAAAACAAGAAAACUAA